CACACUACUUCGUACCCAUCCACAUACGCCAAAAGUACACGAGCAUCAUCAUCUCCUGUCUAGGACCAUAAAAAAAGUACUUUGACACCAAUUUCAUUUCGACAAAGACACCACCCAAACAACCACAAACAUGCCAUCACCAACCCAAGCCCGUCUCCUCUGGCGCACUCUAUCCCGCAACAUGGUAGAGCCCCACCCAUUCGCUCGCAACCCCAUUACCAUGACUCCUCAUGCAUGGCGAGCUGGCGAUCUCUCCCGGAAACUAGUAAAGACGAGUGCUGUUUACUUCCCUUUCUACGCAGUCAUCUUCGGUUGGCCGGUCGCUGCGUCGUGGUGGUUCAACGGGAAUAUGUGACUCUCUUCUGCUUCGGGAGAGGGCGAGGGGAAAACAGAAAGGAAAGGGCUGAGUAGCAAAGAGGUCGAAGAUUUGAUACUGAAUAUGCGAUGGGACGAUUGAUUUUUUAUACGCAUUGGGAUGGAGUUCGGGUGUUUCAGAUGACGU